AUGGACGACUUACCAGACAGUCAGGUUGAUUCCCAAGACAUUGCAGAUGAUGCGCCUGUUGGAAAUGUUUUUAGGCCGCCGUCAAUCCAUCGCGACAGCAUCCUUGCGGGCGAAAGCUAUUCGCAUCUGUCCACUGUACCUGCUGCACUGCGCGCAGAUAUGAGCACUGCAUGUGUGCUUGGUGUUGACGAAGCGGGACGAGGGCCGGUAUUAGGCCCUAUGGUCUAUGCAUUGUACUAUUUACCACUGCCAAUGCAUCGCUUAUUGCUAGCUGAGACGCAUCAUUUCGACGACUCGAAAGCACUCACGCCCGCUGUGCGCUCAGAGCUGAUGGAGAAAGUCUGCUCGCCCCAGACAGAUCUCUUCCAGCACUGUGGGUGGGCUACCCGGAGUAUGUCCGCUCGCGACAUCUCUGCUGCGCAGCUCAAAGCUAAUGGAGCUUACAACUUAAACGCGCAAGCUAUGGAUGCGACCGUAGACCUGAUCCAGCAGGUACUGGACCUCGGGGUGAAUGUUUGUGAAGUCUACAUCGACACUAUCGGACCGCCGGCGACGUACCAGAAGCGACUUGAACGCAUCUUCCCGUCUUUGUCGAUCACUGUAGCGAAGAAGGCCGACAGCCUGUACCCUUGCGUUUCCGCAGCAUCAGUCUGUGCCAAGGUCACCAGGGACGCCUCGCUCGACGUUCUCUAUUCAACCUAUGCCGAGAUAGCGGACUGCGGCGAGAUGGCAUGGGGCUCCGGCUACCCUUCCGACGGACGUUGCACGACAUGGCUGAAAGGCAACAUGCAUCCUCUCUUCGGCUGGGGUCACGAGUGCCGAUUCAGUUGGGGCACGGCCAAGGAGAUGCUUGAGACGAAAGGCGCGCCAUGUCGCAUCGAAUGGCCAGAGGCUGAAGAUGCCACUGACAAUCUUAAGCUCACAGGCUUCUUUCUGGGUGCUGAAGAAGAGAAGGAGGAUGAGAUGGUGUCCUGGUUCGGCAAGCGCGUGACUGCCGAAGUCUUCUGA